GGGUGGUUUGGAAGAUGAGGGUGUUGUCUAUAUAGAGAGACCAUGGACUCCCGACUAGCCAUGUCGACAUCAACAAACUCCUGGAUCAGUCAAACAGAUUCCACUGCCAUUGCCACUGCUCCUACCACUAUCAAUCAGCCUUCGGUGCUUGAGAUAUACAAUAUAGACCACAACACAUCACAUCAUACAAAUCCAUCAUGAUCGCCAUCCAGACUCAAGAGCCCAUGACUCGCGAUCCCCACGGACUAUUCAGCCCUUUAACCUCGACGACCACGACCAAACUACCCUUUAAAACAGCCCGAUUAAGCGUUGUCCAUGAAGAGGUUCCCGUCGCAGGCGCACCUCCAAUCAUCGACUUUUCCCCAUUCUACUCGACCGACAAAGCCCAAAAACAAGUCCUCGUCGAUCAAGUACGCCGAGCAUGUCUAGAAAAGGGAUUCUUCCAAAUCACCAACCACGGGGUAUCUGAAGAACUUCAAGACGCCAUCUUCCAACAAUCAAAAGACUUCUUCUCUCUCCCCGUGGAAGAAAAAGAGAAACUCGAUAAGACCCACCACCCCAACAAACUCGGGUACGAAUGUCUCCGCUCGCAAAACUUUGAAGGCAAAACCGCCGGCGACCUGAAAGAAGGUUUCUUCAUCGGACGCAAACUGGCCCCAACGCACCCCUACGUGCUCCAAAACCGCAUCCAUUGCGGUCAAAACGUCUACCCACAACAAGUGCCCAACCCCACUCAAUUCCAACAAGUCGUCGACGAAUACCACGCCACCAUGACUCGAUUAGCAGAAAACAUUCUGCGCGUCAUCGCCCUGACCUUGAACCUCUCCGAGGAUUUCUUCCAAACAUUCUGCACCGAACCAGCCGCCGUGUUGCGUCUGCUACAUUACCCGCCGCAAGCACCCGACGCCAGUGCAGAUGAACGCGGAAUCGGUGCACAUACGGAUUUCGGGAGUGUGACGCUAUUGCUUCAGGAUGAAGUGGGUGGAUUGCAGGUUUUUGACGCGGAGACGAAAGAGUGGAUUGAUGUCAAGCCGACAAAGGGGGCGUUUGUGGUGAAUUUGGGUAAUGUCAUGAUGAGGUGGUCGAAUGAUCGAUAUGUGUCAAAUUUGCACAGGGUGAUCAAUAAGAGUGGGAGGGAGAGGUACAGUGUGCCGUUUUUUUACUCGGGAAAUCCGGAUUUUGUCAUUGAUUGUUUGCCGGGAUGUCGGGAUGAGAUGGGAAAGGCAAAGUAUGAGCCGAUCAAGGUCCAGGAUUGGAUUAUGGGAAGACAUACGAAUUCGUUUAGAGAGGCAAAAGGCUUGGAGGAGUUGUCUGCUUUGGCGAAAGUGGCUGCUUGAGGGGGUGGUUUUCCUGAUUUUCUACAAGACGCAUGGUGUCGCUACCAAGGCAAAAUGGUCUGGUUUGGUUCUUAGCAAGCGAUUGCAUUAGAUAUCCGAGUUUAUACAAAAAGAUUCAAUAAAACGUGUCUUUGACUCUA